AUGGCACCGCAAGUACCGCAGAGCCAGGCCGCGAUACUGGCGACAAUUACAUCGGAUCUGGACAAGAUUGCUCCGAGGUUUGAGAUGCAGCCUGAGCGGAUUCAGAUUAUUCAGACGCCUGCUGAGUUUUAUCAAACGCUGAAAGACAAAAUCUCAAAAGCCCAACACAGAAUCUACCUCAGCACCCUCUACAUUGGCAAAACAGAACACGACCUCAUUAGUACCAUCCGCGCAGCCCUCCUCAGAAACUCCAACCUCCACGUCUCAUUCCUAACAGACGCCUUACGCGGGACCCGAGAAACCCCGAAUCCAUCCACAGCCUCUCUCCUCGCCCCUCUAAUCACAGAAUUCGGUCCUCAGAGAGUCCAAAUUCGCAUGUACCACACGCCCAACCUCACGGGUUUGCGUAAAAAAUACAUCCCCAAACGAAUCAAUGAGGGUUGGGGCCUCCAGCACAUGAAACUCUACGGCGUCGACGACGAAAUCAUCAUGAGCGGUGCGAAUCUCAGCGAAGACUACUUCACCAACCGCCAGGACCGCUACCAUCUUUUCCGCUCUGCAGAAUUGACCGAGUACUUUGCCAAAAUCCACGACGGCGUGUCCGCUCUGAGUUUCGACAUCCAGCCGACUGACGCUCCUGGCGCAGGCGGCUACAGCAUGACCUGGCCCUCUUCCAACGCCGGUCCCAACCCGCUCGAAAACCCCUUUUCGUACAGAAAAGCAGCCGAGAAGCAUCUAUCGCACCUCCUCACGCCCUCCAACUCCCCUUCCCCCCAAAAGCCCCUCUCAGAGACAAGCUCCGGAUCGACAGUAACGACAACAAUCCACCCCAUCCUCUCCCUCGUCCCCCUCCUCCCAUCCUCGACCGAACUCCCCGCCCUAACCUCCCUCCUCAACACCCUCGCCCACACCCCAUGCACCUGGACCUUCACCGCCGGCUACUUCAACACAACCCCCUCCUUCCGACGCCUGCUCCUCGCCACACGCCCCGUGCGCGGCACAGUGCUAACUGCGCAUCCGCACGCCAACGGCUUCUACGGCUCCAAAGGUGUAAGCGGUAUGUUACCAGCUGCGUAUACGCAUCUAGCGAAGACGUUCCUACGGCAGGUACGGGUAAAGGGGCUUGGCGAGUCGAUUGUGCUGAAGGAGUGGAAGAAGGGCGUCGUGGGCCAGGAGGGUGCGUGGACGUAUCAUGCCAAGGGGAUUUGGGUGGCGCUGCCUUCUUCUUCUUCGUCGUCGUCCUCUGAGUCUCAGUCUCCUUCCACGGCGCCGGCUACGGGGAACCAGGGUGAGACCGACAACGACCCGUGUCUGACGGUCAUCGGGUCCUCGAACUACACCAAGCGCGCGUACGAACUCGAUCUCGAGGCUAAUGUUGUUAUUUCUACGACUGAUCCGGGACUGAGGCGGCGGUUGGGGGAGGAAGUGAAGUGGUUGGGCGAGCAUGCGAAGGCGGUUGAUGAGAGGGAGUUUGAGAGGGAGGAGAGGAAGGUUGGGAUGAAUGUGAGGAUGGCGAUGUGGGCGGUACGGGUGCUGGGUGGGGCAUUGUAG